GGAGAGGGGCCGCCGCUCCUACAAAAACAGGGAAGGCAGCCGGGCAGGCGGCGUCGCGGCCUGCCAGCAGCGGGACCCUCCGGCCUCGGUGCCCCCCCCCGGCCGCCAGCACCACCGCCAGCACCGCCAGCACCGCCAGCACCGCCGCCAUGGGGCCCCGCGGCCUCCUCCUGCUGCUCGCCCUGGCGGGGCCCUGCGCGGCCCUCAUCAGGAUCCCCCUGACCAAGUUCCCCUCCAUGCGGCGCGUCCUGAACGAGGUGGGCAGCGAGAUCCCGGACAUGAACGCCCUCACCCAGCUCCUCAAGUUCAAGCUGGGCUUCGCUGACCUGGCUGAGCCCACUCCGGAGAUCCUGAAGAACUACAUGGAUGCCCAGUAUUACGGCGAGAUCGGCAUUGGAACCCCCCCCCAGAAGUUCACUGUGGUCUUCGACACUGGCUCCUCCAACCUCUGGGUGCCAUCUGUGCACUGUCAUCUGCUGGACAUCGCUUGCCUGCUGCACCACAAGUACGAUGCCUCUAAAUCCAGCACCUAUGUGGAGAAUGGCACCGAGUUCGCCAUCCACUACGGGACAGGGAGCCUCUCUGGGUACCUCAGUCAGGACACCGUCACGCUCGGUAACUUGAAAAUCAAGAACCAGAUCUUCGGGGAGGCCGUGAAGCAGCCAGGCAUCACGUUCAUCGCUGCCAAGUUCGAUGGCAUCCUGGGCAUGGCAUUCCCAAGGAUCUCUGUGGACAAGGUCACCCCUUUCUUCGAUAACAUCAUGCAACAGAAGCUGAUCGAGAAAAACAUCUUCUCAUUCUACCUGAACAGAGACCCCACAGCUCAGCCUGGUGGCGAGCUGCUCCUGGGAGGGACGGACCCCAAGUAUUACAGUGGCGACUUCAGCUGGGUCAAUGUCACGCGCAAGGCCUACUGGCAGGUCCACAUGGAUGCGGUGGACGUUGCCAAUGGGCUGACUCUGUGCAAAGGGGGCUGCGAGGCCAUCGUGGACACAGGAACCUCACUCAUCACUGGCCCCACCAAGGAAGUGAAGGAGCUGCAGACAGCCAUUGGUGCAAAACCACUCAUCAAAGGCCAGUACGUGAUCCCCUGUGAUAAGGUGUCAUCUCUGCCUGUUGUCACACUAACACUAGGAGGGAAGCCCUACCAGCUCACCGGAGAGCAGUAUGUCUUCAAGGUUUCUGUACAAGGAGAGACCAUCUGCCUGAGCGGCUUUUCAGGCCUGGACGUCCCACCCCCCGGGGGCCCACUCUGGAUCCUGGGAGAUGUCUUCAUCGGUCCCUACUACACCGUCUUUGACCGUGAUAACGACUCUGUUGGCUUUGCCAAAUGUGCCUAAGCGCCUGACCCCCACUGCCUCUGCCACACACACACUUACACACACACACAGGAGCCAUAGAGAAAGAUUACCAGGGUUAGAAACCCAGUGAGUGGAAAGGAAAAAAAAAAAAAAAAGAAAAAGAAAUGGAACUAGAUUUAAAAUUACAUGGAAAAUAGUCAUUAGUGCCCUGCUAGCUACUUUUUUCCCUCCGUUGAGUAAGUGGUGCUGGGAUGUCUCUAGUUGAUGACUCCAGCUGGAGUAGCCCCUUGCUUUACUGCUAGGUGUUCCAGUAUUUGUUUUUAAGAAUGAUUCUCAGAGCUGAACAAGGCCCUCUCACGUCUCCCAGCCCUUGUCUCCUUCCUGGGGGCCACCUGGCUGGAUCCAGCCCCUGACGCCUCUUCCUGCAGAGAGGCUGUGUGGCUGGUCUUGGGUUUGGGCUUCUGCACUGGGGGAGAGGGAUGGGGAAGGCCGUCUGGCACGUUAUUUACUUCUUGCUUUUUCACUGAUGAAGUGGGGGAGCGGGAGAUGGGGGAGAGUCCAUCUUCAUCACAAUGGGUUGAGGCAGCGACUGCUAGGUCAUUUCUCAAUGGGUUUGUGCUGGCUUGGUCCUAGGAGAGCACGUCCUGGGCUGGAGCAAUGGGGGAAUCGCAGUAGCGUGCCCAAGGGUUGAGUUUUGGAGCCCGAGGGCUCUGGUGGUGUCUUUUUGUGUAGUGAUGGCACUAGCGAGAGAGCUGGAGGCAUGCCAUCUGCGUGCCUGACCUAACAGGACAGGGAUUUGUAGGGGGGCAGCAGCCGGUGGGACUCUUCAGGGAGUAUGAAUAUAAAGGGGGUCAACAUAGGAUUUAAUAGAGGUCACUUGAAUUCAUGGCCACGAAGGCCCUGCUUUCUGCUGAGCAAAGUCACUUGACACGGGUUCUCUCAAGUUUGGUGAACUUCUCCCAGGUUCCCCAAACCGCAGAUCUUCCCAGCUUCAUCUGCAGCCAGUGAGUUGAGAAUAAUGUUUCUUAAAGCAACUAAGUGAUCUACAAGCCGAAAUCAUACUGAUAAAAUCCGUAGGUGUUUGUCAGCCACAUAAGACCUUUUGGAAACAUUACUCACAGCAUUUUGAACUGCCCAAAACUCAAGAGACAGUUGGCAGACCCAACAAGUUUCCUGGGCAGGAGGGUGCCGUGGCAGCUGGUGGACUUGCAUUCACUUUCCCUUCUGCGCUGUCCUGAAACCCAACUGCCUUUAACACCCUCCUUACCUGCUUUCCACCUUACUAAUGCUGGUGAGAGUUCUGUUCAUGUCCACCCUGUGUUGCAGACAGAGUGAGGCACAAUCCCGCUUUGGAGAGGUUGUAGCUGAUUUAGCUGUGCUCGCAGAUCCUCCUGGAGAGCCGAGAUCUGCGCAUAUGGAGCCGCUCGCUUCACUGGGCUGGUGUCAGUAGGCAAACACUGGUGGGGCUGGGAGGAUGAUAAAGUGAGUUUUAAGCAGUACUAGAAAGCAGAAGAGAAUCUGCCAAGAAUCCCAGCCUGUGCUGGGAGUAAAAGACUCUCUUUGCUUUCCCACUGCACCAGAUCAGGUCCUGAAGUUAGGGAAUGGCAGCAGGUGAGGCACAAAGCUGAGGGCGGCAAGAGGACCAGAUCAGCACCAGCCGUGACCCCAGACCAGGCAAAACAGACAGUAAAAUCCUGGCACCCCAAAAUUCAUUGAUAAUCCUGCCAGAAGUACUGGUGGGGCCAAGGAAGUUCCCAAUAAAGGUCUUUGGGCAGUGGGUAAAUAGAUGGUUAUGGCCAGUGAAAUGCAUAUACAUCAUUCCCAAUGUUGAAUUCACCACAAGCAUCAGAGGCAAAGGUGGGGAAGAGGUCCUGAGGUGAGCUGUGGGAGAACAGCGAGUGCAUAGCCUGCAGAUCCCCUGUCCCCACCCGCUACAGCUGAUCAGUUUGGCUUUACAACCAUGCCUCACUUCUUGGAGGGUACAGGCC